AUGCCUGCUCCCUGCCCCUUCCUGCAUGGCCGGGGGCCCCAAAUCACCUGGCAGGUGUUUGAUAGCGGCUGCAUCGGCGAGGGUGCCCUCCACAUAGCAGCUGCCGCGCGAGCGCGAGGCCUGCUCUCCCCAGGCGGCGCGCUACUGCCGGCACGUGCCACAAUACUUGCGCAGCCAGUUGAAUUCGACCGGCCGGGGCAGCUGCUGCACGCCACAAACUGCACCGCCAAUGUUGGCGGUGGAGCAGCCCACAGAUGCCAGCCGUCUGCUGGAGUUGGCUUUGACCUGAGCCCGCUCGGCGCAUACGCCUGGGGUACCGGCGAUUACCUUGCCGCCGACCUGGCCGGUGCCACACCAGCCGGCCCGCCCACUUGGACGCCCCUCGCGCCGCCCGAGGAGGCGUUCUCGUUCGACUUUGCUGGAGGCGACGUCAGCGCACUGUUGCAGCCGGCGCGGCAGGAGCUGGUGUUCCAGGUGGAUCAGGCCGGGACCUGCAACGCGGUAGCCACCUGGUUCGAGCUCGACCUGCUGGGGGAUGGCCGCCACUGCGUCACCACCAGCCCCCAUACCUAUGUUGCCGCUGCUGUGUGCGCGGCGAGCGCAGGGAGUAGCGACGCCGCAACGCAACCUAGGCCACAGGCGGCCGCGCUUGGCGUGGGCGCAGUGCCGGUCUACGCGGCGUCAUGGCGGCAGGCGGUGCACCCACUGCCGCAUGAGUGCCGGGUGCGCAAGGGCGAGGCUCUAAUGGUUGCCGCCAGCCAUGACUCGUAUGGGGUCAGCUUUGACUACGCGGGAGACCACGCAGCAGCUGCUGCAGGUAUUGGGGCCGGCGGUGGCUCCAUCGGCGCGGCCCAGGAGCAGAGCGGCGCUCCGUACUUGCAGCGCGACAGCGCGUGGGCACAGCGCCUGGCAGAGGUGCGGGCGCUCGAGGCAGGGCUCGGCCGCCAAGCAGCGCAGCAGCCGCGGCGCCAUGCGGCAGUGGUGCGUGCCGUAACGGCACUGGCGGCGCAGCCUGUUUCGCUGGAGGCGGACGCGGUGCAGGCGGUUGCGAUGUGUGCGCGCAUGAUGCUGUGA